AAAACUACAUGAUAAACAAAUCAGAAAGACGUUUUAAUCAAUGCGGCGUAUUUUCGGACUUGAAGAAGUUCUUCUAUUCAGAAAACAUUGCUGCACCCAAGGAAAAGUUAAUUGCACAAUCAAACGAUGAUGUUUCGAUUAUUGGUGUUUGUUUUCCUGAUAACGGUCACGUAUUACAAGGUUGAAGCGAGUCCUAGACAUCCACAUGCUGAUUAUGUCUGUGGAGUAAAUGGGUGGAAACAUUUUCGUCAAAGCUGUUACUACAUUUCGGCUGAUGUGAGGAAUAUUGACGAUGCCAUGGAGGAUUGUCGGUUACUAGGAGGAGCUUUAGUAACAAUUGAUUCACCAUUGGAAAAUUACUGGAUUGCUGAAAAACUUAACGAUCUUCCAAAAGUAGAUAACCGUUUUUUCUGGACCAGUGGAUUUACAGCCGCUGAUAAAAAUAGAGAUACCACUUAUUACUGGGUAUGGGGAAAUUAUAAAGAAGUUAGUUACACAAAUUGGGCAAUAGGCGAGCCGAACGAUAAAGGAUACGUUUGUUUAGCCGUCAACAGAUGGAAUGGAAAGUGGAGUGACGAAAAUUGCCACGAAAAAUUCAAUGUCGUCUGCGAGAAAUAUUUAAAUAGAUGAUGUGUUUUCAUCUAACAUUAAAACUCACAAAUAAUUAACUACACGUGUUUUGCUUAUACUACUUUUUAUUAAUAUUCAUGAUCAACCAGA